CCUACUCAGAUUAAAGCAAGGGGCUGGAUACCUAGCAUUGUGCAAGGGAGCUCCCAGGAUGGGAUGGAGCUGGCUCUGAUACCACAUCUGUGGACACAGAGGGUUGGGAACACCACUGGAAUCCCAGAACAGUGCAGACUUUUGACUUGGGAAGCCUUCCCAGAGGACAGCAACUAGCUGGAAGUGCUGAAUGCUGGUUUGUGUGUGUGUGUGUGUGUAUGGUCAGGGGGGAGGGGGAGGGAUGUCCGGCAUUUGACUCCAAUUAAGGUGAAAUCUGGAGAGAACAGGAAGGAGACCAAAAAGUGGAUGUGAUGAAGGAGUCAAGGUGCCUCCCAGCUGCUCCAUCUUCUGUGGGGAGAGAUGGAUGGACAGAAGUGCUGCCGUUUGCGACAACCUGCCUCCAAAAUGUAAAUAAGAAAAUCCCGCAAGAGAACCUGGUUCAGUCGUGCUCGCUCUGUUAAGAUCUAUUUCAUCCAGAGCAGACAAACGCUCGCCACGGCUGCUCUAUUGGAAGAAAAGUAGAUUACCUGGAGCAGAAGAGCUAAAACCCUUCUCGGUGAAGUUGGAUUGGUUUGGGGUGCUUCCCCCACCUCUCUAUACAAAUCAUCCUAACCAUGGGCACUGUGUAACGGCAGCAUAUGGCUGUCUAAAGUGUCUCAUUGCUUCCUUUUUAUUUCUUACAUAAGUUUGAACAAUGAUCACAGUCAAUUCGGAUGGAAAAAUAAUGAUCAGAAGAUGUCUUGUCACCUUGAGACCUUUUAGGAUAUUUGUGCUGGGCAUUGGAUUUUUCACCCUGUGCUUCUUAAUGACAUCUUUGGGAGGCCAAUUUUCAGCCAAAAGGCUGGGAGACUCUCCCUUCACCAUCAGAACCGAAGUGAUGGGCGCGCUGGAGUCCAGAGGGGUGCUGCGGAAGAUGAGCGACAUGCUGGAGAUGAUGGUGAAGAGGAUGGACGUACUAGCCAGGCUGGAGAAUAGCACUGACUCCCGGAAAGGGGAGGAGGCACGUUUUCCUCCGGACAGGUUCCAGACAGCGGCAGGUUUGAUGGAGAGGAUCCAAGCUAUUGCUCAGAAUGUCUCUGACAUUGCAGUGAAAGUAGAUCAGAUUCUUCGGAACAGCCUCAUGAAUGGGAAAGUGAUAGAAGGCAGACGGGACCAGUGUGAGGUGCCCAGAGACCCCAGAUACCCUGACUGCCCUGGAAAAGUGGAGUGGAUGAGGGCCAGGUGGACGUCCGACCCCUGCUAUGCAUUUUUCGGCGUGGAUGGCACAGAAUGCUCAUUCCUCAUCUACCUCAGUGAAGUUGAGUGGUUUUGUCCUCCGCUGCCUUGGAGAAAUCAGACGGCAGCCAUGCCUUCCUCAAAGCUACCGCCAAGAGUGCAGGCAGCUUUUCGGAGCAACCUCUCUUACCUCCUUGAGCUGAUCGGGAGUGGCAAGGAAUCCUUGAUCUUUAUGAAGAAGAGAGUCCGGCACUUGGCCUCACAGUGGCUUCUGGCGACCCGUAGCCUGGCGCAGAAACUGAAGGGCAGACAGAGGGAUCAAAAACAGAUCUUGAUUCACAUCGGCUUCCUGACGGAGGAGUCAGGGGAUGUUUUCAGCCCCAGGGUGCUGAAGGGGGGACCUCUGGGUGAGAUGGUCCAAUGGGCAGAUAUCUUAGCUGCCCUCUUCCUUCUGGGACACAGUCUGAAAGUCACGGUUUCUUUGAAAGAGCUGCAAAGUAAUUUAGGUGUGCCUCCGGGACGGGGCAAUUGUCCCUUGACUGUCCCUUUGCCCUUUGACCUCAUUUACACUGAUUACCAUGGUCUCCAGCAAAUGAAGCAACACAUGGGGCUCUCCUUUAAGAAAUACAGGUGUCGCGUUCGUGUCAUUGAUACCUUUGGGACAGAGCCAGCCUACAACCUUGAGGAGUAUGCCACUCUGCAUGGCUACCGGACAAACUGGGGGUACUGGAACCUGAAUCCCAAGCAGUUCAUGACUAUGUUUCCUCACACUCCUGACAACUCCUUCAUGGGCUUUGUGUCCGAGGAGCUCAACGAGACCGAGCGGCAGUUCAUUAAGUCCAACAAAGCAAGCAACAUGGCCGUGGUGUACGGGAAGGAAGCCAGCAUCUGGAAGUUGCAGGGCAAAGAAAAGUUCCUGGCCAUCCUUAACAAGUACAUGGAGAUCCACGGCACAGUUUAUUAUGAAACCCAGCGUCCUCCUGAGGUCCCAGCCUUUGUCAAGAACCAUGGUCUUCUGCCACAGCAUGAGUUCCAGCAGCUUCUGAGAAAAGCCAAGCUUUUCAUCGGAUUUGGAUUCCCCUAUGAAGGUCCCGCCCCUUUGGAAGCAAUAGCCAAUGGGUGUGUUUUCCUGCAGUCUCGUUUCAACCCACCGCACAGCUCCCUCAAUCACGAAUUCUUCAGGGGGAAGCCUACGUCAAGAGAGGUGUCCUCCCAACACCCCUAUGUGGAGGACUUCAUAGGGAAACCUCAUGUGUGGACGGUGGACUACAAUAACUCAGAGGAGUUUGAAGCUGCUAUCAAAACUAUCAUGAGGACCAAGGUGGACCCUUACGUACCCUAUGAAUACACCUGCGAGGGGAUGCUGGAGCGGAUUCACGCCUACAUUCAGCACCAGGAUUUCUGUGCUGGAGCUUCUCCUCCUCUGCCAGCGAAGCCCAAUGGCCAUGCUAUGGCAAGCUCACCAAGCCCGUUCACCCUGUUGUCGAAUGCCACUCACCUUGUGUGGUCAUACAACGGCAGCAGCGCCCCCCAUGUCUGGCCUCCCAUGAGCUCCAUGCAGGUGUGGGUGUCUGAGGCUGGGCGAGCCUGCACCGAGACCUGUCAGGAGCACGAGCUGGUCUGCGAGCCGACAUACUUCAAGUUUCUCAACAAGAAGGACGUGUUUCUCCAGCUUCGCAUUGCCUGUGACACCACGGAGUCUGAGAUGAGCCAUCUCUACCCAGCACUGGCUGAAAAUGUGCAGGAGUGCUACCUUCAGAAGGAACCGCUGCUGUACAGCUGUGCAGGCUACAGCACCAAGUACCGGCGCCUCUGCCCAUGUCGUGAUUACCGGAAAGGACAAGUGGCUCUGUGCAGGGACUGCUUAUGAUUCCACCCCCUGCUCCCAGAGCCUGGAGAGCGUGUAUUGUGACCUGCUACACGCAACAAGUAGCUUUUUCUCAAAGCUUCUGCAAUACCCAAGAAGGACAGGACAGCUCCCUCUUCUUGGAAACUCAUGUUGAGACUUUGGAUGUCAGACUCUGUUGGUUGUUUUGUCUGCCAGUCAAACGUCCGUGAAUGACCAUCUGCUCAUGUUGGAUUUUUUUUUUCUUGAGACACGUCUCCUUCCACACCAAAGCCCACUUGGACUUCAGAGGAGCCCAGAGCUGCUUCAGUAGGACAAGGCACCAGGAGCCUUUGGGUUUGCGUUUCAUCCUCUUUUAACGUCCUUGUUUAUUUAUUUAUAUUUUUUAUCAAAUUAAAGCAGCAAAACAACCACCGGCCCUUCCUGAGGAGUUAUUUGGAACAACCUCCUUAGAAAUACUUACGCGGGGGUGACAGAUCUUGGAAGGCUCCAAUACCAGACGCAUCUAGAAAGAUGCCUUCGAUUCUAUCAGUCUGAUCAGCCGUCCAGCCUUUGGAAGGGGAGGGGGAGGCGUUCUACACAUGCUGACGGGAGCAUGUCUCUUGUUCCGUUCCCGCCACUAGCACUCGUAAGAGCUUGGGAACCCUGCCCUGCAGAAGUGCAGGGGAUUCUGGGCGUGACAUCGCAGCAUCCCAGUGCGGUAGCUCAGGAGGGUGUUGAUGUUUGUGGCAUUCACCUGCGAGAACAGAGCAUGCAGGGAUCGACCCGUUCACAGCUGGGGCCAAAGAGGGACAUUCUAAGGAAGGGAGCUGACCCUGCCCCACCAAAUGGUUCCCCAUCUCUUCUUGCAGCUAUACUAGUUUCCCAGAUGAAGGCCUUGGCUAUAGCAGCCAGUCCUCACCAUCCCCAGAAUGGGAUGCUCUGCCCCUUUAAGGGGCUGGGGGCCUGAGGCCAGCCAGCCCUGUUCCAUUAUCAGACCCAGCUGGGAAGGGGUCAGGUGUGUUCCAAAAAGGUCUGAAAGAGCUGCUGGAAGAGGAGCUCUAGGAGAGAGGGUGACAACUUGGGAUCUCUGUGUCUUCCGUACCCUGAUUGGGGUCUGUGCAGUGAGAUGCACUUCAGAGAGGGGGAGUUUCAGUUCUCACAGCAGCGGAUGGGGGCACCUCGCCUGGCUCUCAGGAGAUGAAGCUACAUGUUCUCUCUGCCGGCCUGCCAGCACCUGCCCAGGCUGUGUGAUCCUGCUCUGCUGUGCGAAAGGACGGCAAGACUGCCUGCUGCACCCAGUGGGGGAUGAAGGGGCUGUGCUGUAGCUGGAAUCCCAGGAGAAAUGCUGGCUGAGUCCGCCAGCCCUCCUCUUCGGGGGUCCCAGGGUGUGCACCCCCAGUGUGAGGGCCACUCCCUUUGCAGAGUCCUCCCCUCCCACUGCUCAGCCAGUUCCAGGGGCUGGUCCAAAGGGAGGGGAUGUCUCCAUCCUCAGCUGGCCCACCCAUCAGAGUGCCAGCACCUCUGGAGAUGCUAACAGGGAGCCCAUGGGUCCUACACCCUGCCCCUCUCACCUCACCUCCAGAGUGAGCACCCUAACACUGGGCUGAAGGGACAAAUGAGGCUGUCCCCUGCAUUGCUGCCACUGUGUGUGGCAUGAAGUGGGCUCUUGGCAUGCUAGCUGGAUUGAGCCCCGCUCUCUCCACCUGGUUGGAGGAUGGUGCUGGGGUUUAGGCAUGAGACAGGUGCCUGGAGGCCUGCCUGGGGCAGCAGUGCGCAUGCUUGGUGGCAGAAACUUAGGCACCUUGGGGCUUGUACUGAAAAAAUUUAGGUGCCGGGUGAGUUGAGGUGCCUUCAGGGCUAGGAGGCAGCUGAGUGGGGGUCUUUUGGAUCACAGUGAUACCUAAAACUGGGAUUUAGGUGUGUAAAGCCCAGAUUUAGGCAGCUCAAUGACUUUGUGCGUGUAGGUCUCUGUCUCUCUCCGUGCCUCCUAGCCCCCUCUGUAAAAUAGGAUCAUAAGGCUUCCCUCUUGUCUGUCAAGCGGGUGCUCAAAUACUGUGGUGAUGGAGGCCAUAGAAAGACCAGGCUGUAUCCUAGUGGAGGAUGUACUGCUACCUUUGGGCUGCCCUUGCUGUAAAUGGGAAGUGAUUUGCAGUGUUCUCACUGUCCAUGUGCAGCCAACGGCCCCACCUGGCUGGAAGGAGGAAGAUCAGCAGACACCAAAUCAAUGAAGGAAAGAUGACCCACCAAGCAACAGGUGGGAUUCUGACAUCUUGUCAAUUAUUGCGGGCGAAAAGAAUCAAUAUAUAUGUUAAAAGGUCACAGGCUCCCACCAGCACUUCUUUAACCCCAUCGAAUCAGACCAUGAAAAGAAAAUGGAGAGUGGCAUUGCAGUGGGAAACAAGGGGAAAGCCAAGGGCUGAGCCAGCUGCAGCCCUGAGUACUUACUCGUAUUCUCAAUGGGAAGGGAAACAUCAGUAGGAUGAACCAAGGGGAGGAAUUACUGCUGGACUCAGGAUGCUGAGUUGUGCAAAGAAACAAAAAUCUGGGGGACCUUGAAUCCUUCCCCGGUCGCUGAGCCACAAGGCCCUUAAGGCCCAUGUGUGCGAAUUCCAGUGCAAUGCCUGUUCCGUCUGCAAAAACCUUCACCUUUGCCCCUUGUGUGCACAAAUUACUUGUCUGCAUGUGCAAUUGUAAGCCAUGCUAGUGCAGUGGGAGACUUUGUCCCUGUCUGAUGGCAGGUCUGUAUAAGAGGAUAAAUGCCUAUUACUGCUGCCGCCUUAAGACAUGACUCCUUUGGCUCAAGUGGGCGUGGUUCAUGCUCUUUAACACUGACAGGCUCUGGUUCAAAUCCAAGUGGAGUAGGAGUCAUACAAUCGUCUGAAUUCUGAGGGAAUGGGGAGGGUGCCUUUGGGUUUUUCUGUUGCAUGGGGCCCCAUGCAUUGCCAUUGGGUGCAGCCACAAUUUGCUAAAUGAGAUAGCUGCUGGAUACAACACAUCCUCGCUAGGACAAUUAACCUGUGCUUCUAGCCCCUCUAUUUGACCUUUGAUCCUUCCCAGCAGCACCAUGUUUUAGUGCACUGCCGACUUUUCUGAGAGCCUUCAGUCUCUGCUGUGCCAGCCUCUGGCAGCAUGACCAUCCCAAUGGCUACUGCCAGCCCUUCUGAUCUCCCUAGGUAGAAAUGGUAUCUGAUACCAUUGAUGGGCAUUUAACUCUUUCUGAAUACAAUGUAGAGAGGGCUUCUGAUUUGGGGCUUUAUUCAUUUAAAUUUGGGGAGGGUAUUUUAGUGAUUUUUGAAUUCUAUGUCCAUGUCCAAAAAUCAGGCCUUUUUGAAGCUUUCUCUGAUAUGGAAGAGAUUUUUGGGGGGUAUUUCCCAAAACUUGUCUCUAAAUAGGAUCCACUUUAAUUUGUAUGACAUGUAUAACAAUGGCUUACACAUGGUUUAAGCUUAGCAUGCUCGUUAUUGAACCCCUGGUCUGGUGUUUAGUGCAUUUGUUCCCUCGUGCACGUUAACAGAGUACUGUGUCAAACAGCACUACAUUAAAGUGCACUAGGGAACAUUUAGUGUGCAUGAGCAGGGUCUACAUGGACCAAUUUAGUCACACACACCCAGAGUCCACUUUAUUGCUUCCUGUAGACAACCUCUUUGAUGCAAGCCAGAGAGCAGGAGCAUCCCCUGUAGAAACAAACAUCACUGGGAAAAGGAUGACAUCAGCACGAACAGAGUAACCAUUUCUGGGUUUUUCUGGCAUUUAUUGGAUAAACCAAUUUCAUUUUUUUUUUGUUAUCUGUGGUGUUGUACUGGUGUUUAUCGGUUAAAACCUAAAAUCAGAAGCCCUAAAUCCACUACACGCAAUACGCAGACCAAGCAGCAUCACCAGCUCCCUGCUCAGAGAGCUAUUUUGAAAUGGUGCCACGUGGGGGUAGUGUAGAGAUUCACACACAUUGUGUAUCCUCCUUCUCCCUUGGUAAUAAGUGUACAGUUCUCUGCUUUGUCCUUGUCUCUCUUUGUCUCUUGUUUUAUAUGAAAAUAAAUAUGACCAGCUUAUGAAAGGGAAGGCUCAUUCUUUGUCUCUUUCUGGAUGGAUUGGGAACUGUUCUCAGCCUUUAGAGUAGCAGCCGUGUUAGUCUGUAUUUGCAAAAAGAAAAGGAGUACUUGUGGCACCUUAGAGACUAACAAAUUUAUUUGAGCAUAAGCUUUUGUGAGCUAUAGCUUACUUCAGCCUGGGAUCCUACAGAGGGUGGGCGCAUUUCUCAGCUAUUGUGAUAACAAGAAGGAAGGUGAUGCCCCCAUGUGGCUGGUUGGAGGGACCAAUGAGCAGUGUUCUGCAGCAGAUCAGGCUUCUGUGCCAAAGAAAACCAGAAAUGUGGGGAGCAAAGGCCUCUGGCUGAGGCACGUAAACCUGCCCCUCACCAUGCAUGCCACUCAAUGCUGUCAUAUUAGGAGAUGCUGCUGUAACAAAGCGCCAGCUCCCCGCUGGCCCACCAGCGGAUAUCUGGCCCCACACGAGGAGUAAUUGGGAAAGCUUCUGCGGUGACAGUCACUCUGCACGUAUUGGGGGAGGGAGGGAUGCAAUCGAGCCAACUCAAGAGUUAACAAUAUUUAUUUCUGGUAAUAACUGAUACAUCAGCGAGAUGAGGAAAAGGAUGUGGUGGAUCAUUUCUUUUGCUGCUUGCAUUUGGUUUUUCAUUGUCAGCCUCUCUCAUCUCUCCAGGUUGGGUCUCCGAGAGCCCCCAUAUCAACAUCCUUUUGAGUUCUCCAUCUAAUUAUUCCAGGAGAUGAUGGGCCUAAUUCCCAUUUACACAGGGGGCCACUCUGCAUCACUCUAGCAGUUUGAGGGGCCUUACAGUGGGAGUAGGUGUAUUAUUAUUUGGAUAGCACCUCGGAGCCCCACUCAGGACCUAGUGUUUUAGGUGCUGUAAAACACAGAUCUAUAAGAUAGCUCUGCCCCAUGAGUUUGCAAUCAAAGUAAGUGUAAUUUACUCCAUUUUAAGUCCCCUUUACACUGCCUGUGGUGUAAAGUAGCCUUAGCAUAAAUGAGAAUUGAGCCCUAUGAAUUAAAACCAAUAAUGCACUCUAUCAGUGAAAUGAUAAAACAAAACAAAAAUAUUUCAUCCUUACCUGGAAAGAUGGGACCCAAAUAUUUCAUACCAUGCAUGUUACAUUAGCACAAGUCUUCGCAUAAAGCAGUGAAAAUGUAGUAUGAAAAAUCAUUUUAAGGUACUUGUCAUAAUUUGUAAAGUAUCCAUAUUAGUCACCAUUGUCUAGAGAAACUGCUUGAGUGCUUCACAUUUCAAUUCUUUUUUCCCAUUCCUUUACCAAAAUGUGGUGUCUCAGAUUGCAUAUUUGAAGACUGGUUUAUUAAUGCAGGGUGGCUCAUGAGCACGAGGAUCCAUGUGCUGGUUUGUGAUUGUAGAGUUGUACAUUUGAGCAGGGAUGCAAAUACUGGUUUGUUAUUGUAGGGUUGCUCACUCAGGCCUGGCCGUGAAAGCUAGUUUGUUAUUGGAGGGUUGGCGCUAACAUUGUUUUUUCUUUUACUGGAGUUGUAUAACCUCUUUUGAAUUAAAAUAGCUAUAAAGUUAUAUGAAGUGUGGAAACAGGGCUGAAAAAUAA